ACUUUUCAGUCGGCUUUGGACUCGCGUGAAAGACGAUGACCAACGUUGGUGCUCCCAAGCUACAGAGGGCCCGGGAAUGUUUGGCCAAUUCAUUAAAUAAAUCGGCUACUUACUCUCCUAAACAGAAACCUCUGUUUACAAGAAGUAUGACAGUCAGUGAACUACGGAAGUUAUUAGAGACUGGUUCUGCGAAGAAGGAUAUACGAAUAAAUAUAAGGUCACUGGACGGAUCUUACCCUAAUAUUAGAGUAACUCUACCACCGUGCGUUGUACCCAAAGAGAGACGAUAUAAGCCAAGACCUCCUCCAGCAAAGGCAACAAAUUUACCUACAACUCAGACAAGACGUUUAGCAUCAGCAAAACCCGGACCUAUCCCUCUAGCUAAUAUAUUAAGUAGUUUAAGUGCAAAGAAACUCACUUCUACGGACCUUGUUAAAAGUUGGCUGGACUCUAACCCUGUAGAAUGUGAGUUUAAUGCAGAAUCAUCUUAG